CCUCCACUCUGUUUUGCUCGAGCAGCGCCAACGGCCACUUGUGAAUAUCUUCCUCCUGUCUCCGUUUUUUGCUCCCAUUGCUGCAGCUGCCAUCGUCUGCCUCCGCCCUCUCGCUGGUUUCUCUUCUCCUCCAAUCUCGCCCAAGACUCCCAAUCCGUAGCCCCUCCACGUGUGCAAGAUGGCUCCCGCAGCUGCUGAGAGCGCCUCACCGAUUGGCAUUGCCAAUCUGCCCAACCAGCGACACAAGAUUGUCGCCAAGCGCGGUGCUGGCUUCACCAUCAUGGUUGCUGGCGAGUCUGGCCUGGGCAAGACCACCUUCAUCAACACCCUCUUCUCUACCACCAUCAAGAACUACGCCGAUCACAAGCGCAGACACCAGAAGCAGGUCGACAAGACGGUCGAGAUUGAGAUCACCAAGGCCGAGCUUGAGGAGAAGUUCUUCAAGGUUCGAUUGACGGUCAUUGAUACCCCCGGCUUCGGUGACUAUGUCAACAACCGCGAUUCUUGGCAACCCAUCAUCGAGUUCCUCGACGACCAGCACGAGUCUUACAUGCUUCAGGAGCAGCAGCCCCGCCGCCAGGACAAGAUUGAUCUCCGUGUCCAUGCCUGCCUGUACUUCAUCCGCCCUACCGGCCACACCCUGAAGCCCUUGGAUAUCGAGGUUAUGAAGCGCCUCUGCUCACGAGUCAACCUGAUCCCCGUGAUUGCCAAGGCUGAUACUCUCAGCCCAGCUGACCUGGCCAAGUUCAAGCAGAGGAUUGUGAGCGUCAUCGAGGCCCAGAACAUCAAGAUCUACCAGCCCCCUAUCGAGGAGGAUGACGAGGCUGCUGCCCAGCACGCGCGUAGCCUUAUGGCCGCUAUGCCGUUUGCCGUCAUCGGCUCUGAGAAGGACGUCAAGACUAGCGAUGGCCGCAUCGUCAAGGGUCGUCAGUACUCUUGGGGUGUUGCCGAGGUCGAAAACGAAGACCACUGCGACUUCAAGAAGCUGCGAUCCAUUCUGAUUCGCACCCACAUGCUCGACCUUAUCCACACCACCGAGGAGCUUCACUACGAGGCCUACCGAGCACAGCAGAUGGAGACUCGCAAAUUCGGCGAGGCUCGACCUCGGAAGCUCGACAACCCCAAGUUUAAGGAAGAGGAGGAGGCCCUACGAAAGCGAUUCACUGAGCAGGUCAAGGUCGAGGAGCAGCGCUUCCGACAAUGGGAACAGAAGCUCAUUGCUGAGCGUGAUCGUCUCAAUAAGGAUCUCGAGCAGACCCACGCCCAAAUCAAGCAGCUGGAGAACGAGCUUGAGGCUAUGCAGGGAAAUGCCGUCCGAAGCCAUGGUCGCCGAUAAAUCAUCUAAUGCCGGCUUUUCAACCAAACCAUGCUGGCGUUGGAGUAUCAUGAUCUCGGGGUUCCAUCGGUCUGCCUCACCCUUGUUUUAAAUCAAGAGGGUGAAAGCGCCGUGUAUUGAAUGCCACAGCGGUGGCGCUUAUUUCAUGCAUAUUCUGAGCGGCUACUGCCACGGGAAGGGGCGAGGCGACUAUUUCUUGAUGAGUUGUUGAGGUUGAAGGUUUUUUUAUUUAUUUAUUUAUUGUCCCCCUUCGGUUCUGAUGCUAAAACUGUCACGGCGAUUAUCCCCCGUGACUUUGACGGUGGAACAGAGCAACAUUUUAUGGUUUGUUGCCCAAAAUCAGCGACAAGGGUGGAAGAGUGCCAGAAGUUUUGAUAAUGUAGCCCUAUUUUAUUCCUCUUUUAUUUGAGCACCUCCUAUUUCAGACAGUUAGGCACAUUUUCUAGUCUUAUGUAAUUGAGUCAGUUGAGAUACC